AGCUACCGGGACCAAGAACAGAUAUUUUCCUGCACAUUCUCCAUGUCUGUCCGUCUGCUCCAUAAUAAAUUCAUUUUUUCCUUUUGUAGAAAGUCACUGAACUGACAGAGAAGGGAAACCGGACAGAGAGUUCCAGACUCUUCCUCAGUUUGGUGAUUGGCAAAGGCUCCCGGGCCCGGAGGGCGAUGUGGGAAUCCUUUCUGAUGUGGAGGACUGAGUUACCGAAGUUGGACAGAAUACUGAGGGAAAUACAGGAACUCGGUCCGGAUCCACAGGAAUACAUGAACAUCGGCCAAGUGUUAUCUGAGUUACCUACUGAACUGCUUGAUGUUCAACAGAAACACAAGGAGACUCUGCGGGCACAAACUGAAACACUGAGAGUGAACACGAUCCUGAUGAGGGAGAAGGUGACGGUUUUCCAGCUGGUUGACCGAUACGCUGAGCUCACGGUCAUUUCUACUGUUCGAGAUCGGAGACUGGUGGAACAUGAGCUGCUGGCAAGAGGCAGAGACCACGAGGAGUGGAGACAGAAACAUCUCCGCAGAGAGCUGGAAAAAAUCCGGACUGAUCAGUUACUCCAGAGCAGCUUUUCCCGGAGUAAAUCUAAAACUGGGAAUUCAGCAGCAGUGGCUGGAAUCCCGGGGAUAGGGAAAACAACAAUGGUACAAAAGAUUGUUUAUGACUGGGCCACGGGGAAAAUAUACGAACAAUUCCAGUUUUUCUUCAGUUUCAAAUUCCGGGAUUUAAACACCAUUAACUGUCGAAUAAACCUGAGGGAACUGAUUCUGGAUCAGUAUCCUUACUUUGGGAAUAUCCUGAGAGAGGUCUGGAAGAACCCAGAGGGAUUGCUGUUUAUAUUCGAUGGUUUGGACGAAUUCAAACACAGAAUCGAUUUUGCUGACAGUCGGAGAGAUACAGAACCCAAGCACCAGUGCCCAGAUCCCGAGUGGUGGUGUGAAGUGUCUGACAUUGUGUACAGUUUAAUCCAGGGCAAGCUGCUCCCAGGGUGUUCAGUGCUGGUGACCACCCGUCCCACUGCGUUACAUUUAUUGGAAAAGGCAGAGAUCAGUGUCUGGGCUGAAAUCCUGGGAUUGUUUGGUGAGGAAAGGAAGGAAUAUUUCAGCAGGCAUUUUGAAGAUCAGACGGUGGCGGCAGCUGUUUUCAAAUAUGUGAAGGAGAACGAGAUCCUGUACACCAUGAGCUACAACCCCUCCUACUGCUGGAGUUCCCAAGACCAUCACCCAACUGUACUCCUACUAUAUUUACAACAUCCUGAAAAACCACGGCCGUGAGAUUGAGAACCCCCGUGAUGUGUUACUCAGGGUUGGUCAGAUGGCCUUCAGAGGAGUGUCCGAGAAGAAGAUUGUGUUUACAGAUGAUGAUUUGAUCAACCACAAUCUGCAGCCUUCCCAGUUCCUGUCCGGGUUCCUGAUGGAGCUUUUGGAGAGAGAGGAUUCUGCCCGGUGUGUGGUGUACACAUUCCCACACCUCACCAUCCAAGAGUUUGUAGCUGCAGUCGCACAAUUCCUGAAUCCAUAUCCCGGGGAUAUCCUGAUAUUCCUCAAUGAAGCCCACAACACGACAGAUGGACGAUUUGAGGUAUUUCUUCGUUUUGUUGCUGGCCUCUCCUCCCCAAUGACAGCUCGGGGCCUGGAAGAGUUUCUGGGUCCAUUUCCUCAUGAAACAACCUGCCAGGUGAUUGACUGGGUGAAGAAGAAGGUUAAACACCAGAGUUCAAACACAGAGAGUGAAGCUGGUAAAAGGAGCCUCCUGAACACAUUGCACUAUCUGUUUGAGUCUCAGAAUCUUGGACUGGCUCAGGCCACACUGGAAUCAAUGGAAUCACUUUCAUUCCGUGGAAUGACACUGACCCCGAUUGACUGCGCGGUCCUGUCUUAUGUCAUCGGACUCCGUGACACAAUAAAACACCUCGACCUGGAGUACUGCCUUGUUCAGAGUGAAGGAAUCCAGCGGCUGGGACCCAGGCUGCACAAGUGCCAGGAUUUGAGACUUGCGGGGAAUGAACUGGGAGAUUCAGGAGUGAAACUGGUGUCUGCGGCUCUGAGGAACCCGGAGUGUAAAAUACAGAGACUGGGGUUGGACAAUAUCGAUCUCACAGUUUCUGGUGCCGAGAAUCUUGCCUCUGCUCUCAAAACAAACCGAUCACUGAUGGAUCUGAACAUGGGUCGUAAUAAACUGGGAGAUUCAGGAGUGAAACUGGUGUUUGUGACUCUGAGGAACCCGGAGUGUAAAAUACAGAAACUGUGGCUGAGAGAUAACAGUCUCACAGAUUCUGGUGUCGAGGAUCUCGUCGCCGCUCUCAGUACAAACCCAUCACUGACGGAGCUGGAUCUGAGUGAAAAUAAACUGGGAGAUUCAGGAGUGAAACUGGUUUCUGCGGCUCUGAGGAACCCAGAGUGUAAAAUACAGAAACUGCUUCUGUACAAUGUCGGUCUCAGGGAUUCUGGCGCCGAGGAUCUCGCCUUCGCUCUCAUUACAAACUCAUCACUGAUGGUUCUGGACCUGGGAUUAAACUCGCUCACAGACAGAUCUGUCCCGGCUCUCCGCCGCGUCAUACUGACCCUCCCGAGUCUGGGGCGGAUCGGGCUGCACUGGAAUCGGUUCAGUCCAACAGGAGAGAGGGAACUGAGAUCUCUGCAGGAACCCAGACCAGGACUGAGAGUGGAGUUGUGAAGAUCUGAAUGUGUGAUCAUCCCUGCUCGCUGGAUGAGGACAUGUUGGCCGAUUUCCUGCAAUACACGUUUAAUUUCUAACUGUUCUAACAGAUCCUGGCUUCAGCCGAGCUCUCUGUGAUCUCAGAGGCGGUGCCGCAGUGACGUGAUUCCACGUCCUAUCCAGUUCAAACAUUCCUUAAUUUACAUUUGUCAUGAUGAAAUCAAUAAACUGCUGUAACUUCCUGCAUUGGUGUCGGACCUGAGUCUCACUAGGGGAGAAACAGUGACCUGGGGUUACUGCUGCCCCCCGCACUCGGUGAACUGCAAUAAUGGUUCUGAGCUCCUCACACUGGUACAGCAGCGUCUCAGAGACGAGGCGCCCACAGACAGUUAACAUCUACUGUAAUGUCAGACGUGAUUUCACUGAGUUCCCAAGUACGAAUGGGAUGCGGGAUGGAAUACCGGCAUUCAGCACAGGGUGAAGUUCCAACCGCAUCGUCCCAUCACACACUCCCGGGGUCAGACACAGAGUGAAGCUCCCUCAACAUCAUCCCAUCACACACUGUCGGGGUUAGACUCAGAGUGAAGCUCCUUCCACACCUUCCAUCAAACACUUCUGGGGCAGACACAGAGUGAAGCUACCUCAACACCGUCCCAUCACACACUCCCGGGGUCAGACAGAGAGUGAAGCUACCUCAACACCGUCCCAUCACACACUCCCGGGUUCAGACACGGGGAGAAAACACGUCUCUGCAGUGUGAGAUAUACCAAAAGAGUUCUUGAGCUGA